AUGUUUCCUUCCCAUUUCCUAUCUCGGACAGUUACACGAUUUGCCAAAAAUAAAUUCUUCACUUCGACAAGGGAGCAAAAUCUGGGAAACACAGCUCAAUGCAGCGGGAGUGGAACCAUAACCGAUGUCUACGAUAAUUACGAAGCGCUAAAAAAUGUGAAGGAGAAAAGCAGUCUUAAGAGUGCACUAAAAAGAUUUAGGGAUAUAGUUCAAAGGGAAACGAAGAGGAAAGGGUACCAUUUUUACGCUGGAUGGCCCCCGAGAAAUCGCAUAAAAAUUACCGAAGAUGAGAAGCUGGGCCUGUAUGGACGUACCAUGUUUGUCCUGAACCGAGUAAAAGGAGUGAAGGAAGUGGAGCCGAAUCUAUGCAUAUGCUGCAAAAACAAGAAUGUCCUUUUUUUCAACAGAUCCGAAUUUGAGUCCUUGUUAAAAAAUAUGGAUUCCAUAAAGCAUCAACUGCAGGAGUUCGCAAAAAAGCUCUGA